UCAAGAAGUCGAGCGGGGAAGGCGACGCAUGCGCGGCGCGUUUGUUGCGUUCUCGGUUGGGUUCAGCGCCAGUAACGUUACGCCCCGCCCUUUCCGGCGCCGUCGUCACUUCCGGAAGAGAGAUGCAGCCAGGCCUCAAAUCUCGUCCUGACCAGGGAAAUGGGGAUUCUGUGGAGCCACUCCUUGGAGGGGAGAAACCGUAUACAUGCCAGGAGUGUGGAAAGAGCUUCACUCAGAAUGCAAGUCUACGUUCACAUCAAAGGAUUCACACUGGGGAGAAACCAUAUACAUGCCAGGAGUGUGGACGGAGCUUCGCUUGGAGUGCAGCUCUACGUUCACAUCAAAGGACUCACACUGGAGAGAAACCAUAUACGUGCAUAGAGUGUGGAAUGCGUUUCAUUGAUAAUUCAGGUCUACAUUCACAUCAAAAGACUCACACUGGGGAGAAACCCUAUACUUGCCUAGAGUGUGGACAGAGCUUCUCUCAAACUUCAGGUCUACGUACACAUCAGAGGACUCACACUGGGGAGAAACCCUAUAAAUGCCUGGAGUGUGGACAGAGUUUUGCUCAGAGUGGAAGUCUACAUUCACAUCAAAGAACUCACACUGGGGAGAAACCCUAUACAUGCCUAGAGUGUGGACAGAGUUUUGCUCAGAGUACAGGUCUACGUUCACAUCAAAGAACUCACACUGGGGAGAAACCCUAUACAUGCCUGGAGUGUGGAAAAAACUUCACUGAGAGUGGAAAACUACGUUCACAUCAAAGGAUUCACACUGGGGAGAAACCCUAUACAUGCUUAGAGUGUGGAAAGAGCUUCACGUAUAAUUCAAAUCUAUAUUCACAUAGGAAGACUCACACUGGGAAGAAAUCCUAUACAUGCCUGGAGUGUGGUCAGAGCUUUACUCGUAGUUCAAAUCUACGUUUACAUCAAAGGACUCACACUGGGGAGAAACCCUAUAAAUGCCUGGAGUGUGGACAGAGUUUCACUCUGAGUGGAAGUCUACGUUCACAUCAAGGGACUCACACUAGGGAGAAAUCCUAUACAUGCCCAGACUGUGGGCAGAGUUUCACUCAUCAUUCAAGUCUAAAAAUACAUAAAAGGAUUCAUACUGGGGAGAAACCCUAUCCGUGCCUGGAGUGUGGAAAGAGCUUUACCCACAGUGGAAAUCUACGUUCACAUCAAAUUACUCACAUUGGGGACAAAUCCUAUACGUGCCUGGAGUGUGGAAAGAGCUUCAAUCACAGUUCUGGUCUACGUUCACACCAGAAGACUCACACUGGGGAGAAACCCCAUACAUGUCUGGAGUGUGGAAAGAGCUUUGCCCGGAGUGCACAGCUACGUUCACAUCAAAGGAUUCACACUGGGGAGAAACCCUAUACAUGCCUGGAGUGUGGACAAAGCUUCACUCACAGUUCAAGUUUACGUUUACAUCAAAGGACUCACACUGGGGAGUCCACAUUGGAGAAAAUUGAAGUAAAUUGACUGAAGUAAAAAAUCAAAAACUCCUCAAAGCACAGCAGACAAAAAAAACGAGUACAAGAAAACCGCACUACAAACUAGAGCUGACAGCUGGCACAACAAAACAUUGCAUGGAAAGUUCCUUGAGAAAAUUGAAGGAAAAGCUGAUAAGGAGAAGACCUGGCUCUGGCUCACGAAUGGGACCCUGAAGAAGGAGACAGAAGGCCUGAUCCUUGCAGCCCAGGAGCAAGACAUCAGGACAAAGGCAGUUAAGGCCAAGAUUGAAAAAUCAGCUGAUGACCCAAAAUGCAGACUGUGCAAGGAAACCGACGAAACCAUUGAUCAUAUCCUCAGCUGCUGUAAGAAAAUUGCACAGACAGACUACAAACAGAGGCACAACUCUGUGGCCCAAAUGAUUCAUUGGAACUUAUGCCUCAAGUACCACCUCCCUGCAGUAAAGGACUGGUGGGAUCACAAACCUGCAAAGGUUGUGGAAAAUGAACACGCAAAGAUACUGUGGGACUUCCGAAUCCAGACUGACAAAGUUCUGGAACACAACACACCAGACAUCACAGUUGGGGAAAAGAACAAGGUUUGGAUCAUUGAUGUUGCCAUCCCAGGUGACAGUCGCAUAGAUGAAAAACAACAGGAAAAACUCAGCCGCUCUCAGGACCUCAAGAUUGAACUUCAAAGACUCUGGCAGAAACCAGUGCAGGU